UAGUUACAGAGAAAACUAAACCGAAGUAGUAGUCCGUAGCAGACUUUCAGCAUCAGAAAUGGCGCGAGGGUCAUCGUCUUCGAAGAGGGAAGCAACAAACGGAGAGCUCGACCCGGAGGCUGCAACUCGUAAGCGGCUCAAGAAGCUCGCCUUCUCCAACAACGUACUCUCCCAAACCCAGGCAAAGCCUCAGGCGUAUCUGAGCCCUUCGGCGACGGUUCUCAAACACCAUGGCAAAGAUAUUGUUAAGAAAUCUCAGCGAAAGAACAGGUUCCUUUUCUCGUUUUCCGGCUUGCUCACUCCCGUCAGUGGAGGCAAGAUUGGCGAGCUCAAGGAUUUGGGAACCAAGAAUCCUAUUCUCUAUCUCGAUUUUCCUCAGGGGCGUAUGAAGUUGUUUGGAACUAUCAUGUAUCCGAAGAACAGAUAUUUGACUUUGCAGUUUUCUAGAGGUGGAAAGAAUGUGACAUGUGAAGAUUAUUUUGAUAGUAUGGUUGUCUUUUCUGAUGCAUGGUGGAUUGGAACAAAAGAUGAAAAUCCAGAGGAAGCUCGUCUUGAUAUUCCUAAAGAAUUGACUACAGGAAAAUGUGGAGAAUACGACUUCAACGGUGGUGCUGGCGUUACAAGUACGAGUAAGCAUAGUGUUCAAAAGAAGGGAAUCAAUCAUGCCGAAGAACAUUCUCAUAAAGGAGAACGUGGAGAUGGCUUAGCGGACCUUGAAGACAACAUGAUAAAUUCAAUAAACACUACACCAGUUAGACAUUCUGAAAGAUCUGCUGGAAAAGUGUUCAAGUUUGCAGAGGCUUCUUCUGAGGAUGAGUCGACUGGAAGUUAUGAUGAUUUGUCUGAAGGAGAAGAAAAGAAUAUUGUCAUACAUGAACCUUCUAUCGGAGAUCAUGCCAGUGAAAAGACAGAAGAUCUCUCUGUCGAUGCUAAAGAUGAAGAUACAAUGGGAAGACCUCCAUUUCUUGAAGGAAAUCAAGUAUUGAUCUCUAAGCCUAAAAAAGUUUCUCGGGCUAAGGGAAAUGUUGAGAGUAAUAAUCGUGGUUUAUUCGUCCAGUCUACUCUACCUAGUUUGUUCAAGAAAGUGGAGGAGAAGAGGACACCAAGAAGUUCAAAGAGGUCUUCAGCACCCAAAGUUUCUGCCGAAAAGAUGCAGCUUUCUGGUUCAAAGCGAAAGAUUGAACAGGAUGAAGGAUCAAAGAAAAGGAGAGCAGUCCGGGGACAAGAUGACGGAGGAAAAGUCCCGAGGAAAGAUGCAGAAUAUGAGGUCGAAGAUGACAUUGAAGAGUUGUCGAGCUCUCAAGAGGAGGACACUGAUGAAGAUUGGACAAGUUGAGAUUGUUACAUUUUCUAACAAUGGUGAGCCACAGCAGCAGAUGGGAUAUGCAUUGCAGGAGUUUUCUUUGAAAAGCUGCUGGCGAACUGAAAU